AGUAUAGCAGCUCAGACACAUUCAGGCUGCACUUCCGUCAUCCUCACUCUCUCCUCAUCCCUCCAUCCCUCUCCUGACUAAUUCCAGUAUUCUAGUCCUCUUUACCCCCUGCCAUCCCCCCUCAACCUCGUCCAUCUCUUGCCUUCACAUCCCUUUGGUUCACUUCAGCAAAGUUUCAACCAUGGGCUGUGGAAAUUCCACUGCUGCCAGCACAACCGCAGGUCCAGCUGAGUCAGCCAAAGAUGUGCAAGACGAUUCCUCCAUGGACGAGGAAAAGAGGAGAAACUAUGGCGGAGUGUACGUGGGUAUCCCUGCAGACCUCAGUAAUGAGACUUCCGGACAAACAGCCUCCACACAUAAAGAAUAAUGAUAUUCAGAGCUGGAUGCACAUAUGAAGGGCUGUCCGGAGGGAAAUCUUGGCUGAAAAGUGCUGCGUGAUAAUCUCGAAAGGACGCAAUUUUCAUCAUUGCUGAUUGGCUCGUUGGGACAUAACCGAAUCCUCUGAGAGCCAAUCAUGCAAGUGAACUCCCUGGAAACUGAAACUGCAAUUAGUUCUGCUGACGAGGUCAGAGGUCACAGAUGACAUUGAGUUUAUUAGCAGCAACACGACGAAUUUCAGGGCACCGGCACUUUGUUUCUCAGGACAACAAACACACAAACGUUAUCGACAAUCACAGAGCAAUGAAGAUACUGGAAGUGAACUCUGAGCUCGAACCUUUCACAUCACAUGUUUAUUAAUGGGAUUCAGAAGAGUCAUUACACACUCGUGAGUCUGGGUUUUUGUUCUUUUACCCUUUUAACAUUAUUCAAAACACCUCAGAAGCACUUGACAGGAAAGCUUGUGUAUAAAUGAGUUUGCAACAUGACUACAGAGGUACAUGAAGUGCCUUUAACACACUCUCAAAAAGAGUUUUUUCACAGUGAUGCCAUAGAACAGUGUGUCAAACUCCUGGAGGGCCGCAGCCCUGCACCGUUUAGUUCCAACCCUGCUUCAACACACUUACCUAUAGGUUUCAAACACUCCUA